UAUGGCGGGUUUAGGGAAUGAAUGAGUUAGACGACUGCACAGCAAAAGGCUGUCCGCUGUGAAUACAGAAACAACUUGGUUAUCUCGAUAACAAAGUUAUGCUGGAGCCAGCCAAAUUAAGCUGAUGAGCACAGUGAGAGGUUAUGCUACUAGGGGGUUGAAUAGUGUCAAGCCUGCUGGACAAGCACCGGAGUGUUGUGUUGCUGAGCGGAGGAAUCCUCGGAGGGGUUGUCGUCGAGCAGCGCCUGUCAUGGUGUUCCCUAAUAGCCUUCAAAAGUGAUAUUAUACGAAACCACUGGUGACCUGUAUAAACUUGGCGUCGCUGCAGGAUAUGUUUUCUUGGCUACCGAGUAAGCGGUGUAGUUUAACAGGUACAUUGCAUUGUCAGGCUUUUCUUUUGUGUCGCCAGUAUCGUUAGCUUCUCACGACUGACUUGUCCAGGGUAGCUACGACUAGAUGGGCUACCUUGGUAUCAAGGCGCUCACCCGCUGGAUCAGUUGUGGCAUUAUAACCAGAAGCGAGCUGGGUUGUCUCCCUUCUGCUAGAAGAGGGCUAGUGUUAUUGUCAGUGUUGUGUGUGCGUGACUAGUGUUUUUUGUGCACAUUUCCGUAACUGGUAACAUCAACCCCUGACAAACUGACUAGGCAGGAAUAAUUACUGAAGAGGUUUAGAUGGGCUCGACGCUUUAGUUAACCACGGUUAUCGGGGUUUAACACGGAGGAAAAUACGGUCUAGACUCGGGUGGUGUGCUCCUUAUUAUUGGUCGUGGUCGUGGUCGGUCAGUCCCUUACUCGCAGCGGCUGGUCUAGCAAAUUAUUUGGGGCGGAUGACAUUGUAUUCUCCGCGAUCAUUCACCGCGAUUAAGAGCCACAGAAGAGAGCUGCGACCUUGUCCUCUGUUAUUACAAUAAAAUGUUGUAGGUGUUAAUGCGAUGUUACUGUGUUACAAGUCUUCCUCGAGCUUGACCUUGUUGCGAACCGUUUCGUCGAGUUGUUUCUUUGUCAGAAGCGACGUUACUCCGUGAACAGUCAGCGAAAUGCCAGACCAGUCGAUAACCAAAACAUUUUAGUGAAGAAAGAAAGUGACUUUGUAUAGGGCUGCGGGACCGAUUCUCACUUUGUUCAACUUAACGGGGUUAUUGCGACACAGCUUGAACAUGACAUUUCUGUAAAGGUCUGCUUUAGUGGCUGGCUCGCCUGUCCACAAGCAGUGUUGUUAUCUCUAUUUUUGCUGUCGAGUGUACUCUCCGCAGAGAGCCGCGCACCGAGACAAGGGAGAGAAGCAAAAAUCGAAAAUGAACAAUCUCGGGGCAGUUUCCCUGUAAAAAAGAGAGAGGGAGAUUCGUCACCGAGAGAGAAAUGGCUCUGAGAGGGGCAGAUUCGGUACACUGGUCACCUAGAGGACUCAUAGAGAGAUGAAGACUUUGGAGGAGCCCCCCUACUUGACAGUGGGGACGGAUGUGAGCGCCAAGUAUCGAGGGGCUUUCUGUGAGGCCAAGAUUAAGACUGCCAAGAGACUAGUUAAGGCCAAGGUGACCUUUAAAUCAGAUCUGUCCACAGCUGAGGUUCAUGAUGAAAACAUCAAAGGACCUCUAAAGGUGGGCACUGUUGUAGAGGUAAAGAAUCAAGAUGGAGUUUACCAGGAGGCCACAAUCAACAAGCUGACUGAUGCUAGCAUAUAUACUGUUGUGUUUGACGAUGGUGAUGAGAAGACCCUGAGGCGUUCCUCUCUUUGCCUGAAGGGAGCACGUCACUUUGCAGAGAGCGAGACACUCGACAGACUCCCCCUCACCAACCCUGAGCACUUCGGCACACCUGUCAUCGGCAAGAAGGGCAACCGCGGCCGACGAUCGAACCCAAUUCAAGAAGAAGAGUUGUCCUCCUCCUCCAGUGAAGAAGAGGAGAGCGAUCAGCGGCAGAAUGAGGAUUUGUUCGGUAAAGUGGUCUGUGUGGAGGGGGUCGCCACUGGGGACAAAAAGAAGACCACGUGGUAUCCUGCCCUGGUCAUCUCCCCAGACUGCCAUGAAGAUGUGACUAUGAAGAAAGACAACAUCUUUGUCCGAUCUUUCAAGGAUGGAAAAUUUUACAUGGUGCUGCGGAAGGACAUCCGUGAGAUGAACAGUGAUUGUCCUCCAAAGGCUGACGCAGGGCUCAAACCGGCGCUGGACGCUGCCUUGGCGUUCCAGCAGCAGCUGGUCGUGCCCAGCACCUGGAAGACAGAAGUGAAAGAGGAAAGUUCUAGCAGUGAGGAGGAUAAUGAUGAUGAAGAGGAAGAGCAGGAGGAAGAUGCCAGUGGUGAAGAGGAGGAGGAGGAAGUGGAGCCGUUCCCAGAGGAGAGAGAGAACUUUCUACAACAGCUGUACAAGUUCAUGGAAGACAGAGGAACUCCCAUCAACAAGCGGCCUGUUCUGGGCUACAGGAAUCUGAACCUGUUCAAGCUCUACAGGCUGGUGCACAAACUGGGAGGCUUUGACAGUAUUGAAAGUGGCUCCGUUUGGAAGCAAGUCUAUCAGGAUCUAGGAAUCCCUGUGCUCAACUCAGCCGCUGGCUACAAUGUCAAAUGUGCUUACCGCAAGUACUUGUAUGGAUUUGAGGAAUACUGCACCUCCACUGCCAUCACCUUCAGGAUGGACCUCCCUUUGAAGCAGGGUCCCAAGGAGGAGGUGAAGUCUGAGGAGGAGGCAGGAGGGACAGCUCCCACAUCCUCCAGCUCAGAGGAGCAGAAAGCCCAGGUGGAUGGAGACCCCUGCAGUGCAGAGUCUGUAGUCUGCAAGGAGGAAACACCUGCCAAAAUGGAGUCCGACCCAUCUAAAACUGAGGGAAAGGAGAGCGGAAACGACGACAUAGAUGAUGAAGAUGGCCCGCUCAAGGGAGAUGCAGAUGAGGGCUCAUCAAUGGCUCACCUUGGGGCAGAGAACAUGAAGCAGGAGCAUGAAGAGGAGCAGGAGAGCAAGGACAACUCUGGGGAUGACAGCAGUCAGGAGGGGGAGGAAGGGGAGGAGUUUGAGUGUUACCCCCCGGGGAUGAAGGUGCAGGUGAGGUAUGGGCGAGGCCGCAAUCUGAAGACGUACGAGGCCACUGUCAAAGAGGCAGACGUGGAGGGGGGAGAGGUGCUCUACCUGGUGCACUACUGUGGCUGGAACGUCAGAUAUGAUGAAUGGAUCAAAGCAGACAAGAUUGUGCGCCCUGCCAAUAAGAACGUACCAAAAAUAAAGCACCGCAGAAAAAUAAAGAACAAAGCUGAGAGGGAGCGAGACAGGUUGGAGAGGCUCAAUGACAGAGAAGUCCUGGGCCCUUCGUCCAACACUAACCGUGUCCCACGCUCUAAAUGUGGCCUGAGUCAGGAUGUCUUUUCCAAGAUGGACGAGUGUGAAGACAAAGGGACUCAGCAAUCUCCAGUCAAGUCAAUAGAAAUUACAUCUAUCCUCAAUGGCCUGCAAGCCUCUGAGAUGUCCACGGAUGAAAGUGAGCAUGAGGAUGAGGAGGGAGAGCAUAAUGAGGAGGAUCGCCCAGGUUGCAGAGGCGGCCUCAGAAAGGCCCCACUAGAGCCGCCACAAACAUCAGAGCACUGGGAGAGUUGGACCCCCCCUGAGGGGCCCAAACCUUCUCCAGUCUCAGGAAAGAACCAGGAAUUAGUUUGCGCAGAGAGUGCAGAUGUUGGGAAGCGUAGAAACCAACCAGAGUUAGAGGCGAACACCAGAAAGAGGAAAUCUGACAGUGCCACAGAGAGGACCCCAAAGGGCCAAUCCAAAGUUAAGACCAGGAACACCAGAAAUGCUGACUGGUUACCUGGAGGCUCUCCCAGGAAGCUGGAGGAGAGAGCCACCAGCCCCGGGGAGGAGAGGGGGGCCUCGACAAGCAGCAGUUCAGAGGAUGAGGGCGCAGCGCUGGCUGAGUCCCAGGUUGAGGAAUGUGAGCGAAGCCGCCCAAAAACCAAAGGUUCUCCUUCCAAGAAAUACAGUGGGAUGAAGGAGAAGACCAAAACUGGCAGACAAGCUGGUUUCUGGGAGAUUCUUGAAAAGAGGCCCAAAGUGUCUGGGAAUGCAGAGGAAAGGCCUGCGGUUCGAUCUAAAGGACAAAAGGAUGUGUGGUCCAGCAUCCAGGCCCAGUGGCCGAAGAAGACACUCAAAGAGCUGUUCUCUGACUCUGACACAGAGGCUGCCAAUUCUCCUCCCCCACCCGUAUCCUCAUGUCUGGACGAGGCGAGUGCUGAACAGGAUGCUGGCCCUGAGGAGGAAGCCUCAGAGGAGCAGAUGGAGAAUGACAAACUACAGGAGUUUCCAAGCAGUGGCAGUAACUCUGUACUUAACACACCACCAACAACGCCAGAGUCCCCAUCAGGAGGAGGCAGCGCCGUAGAAGACUCUAGUCAGGCACAGCCUAUCUCCCCACAACUGUCUGCACCCGCAGCCUUGCCUUCAGAGCCGGUUUCUGAUGCUCUUCCUCCAGGACCUAUACAGGAAGAAGUGGCAGGCGGGCGCAGUGAGGCGGACAGCAGCACUGUGGAAGUGGAGAGUCUGGGUGGAGAGCAAGACCUCCCUCAGGAUGAAGGGGCGAGUUCCCCCUCAAAGGUUUUUGACGUCAGCCUCUCCUGCAACAGCAGCAGCAGCUGCAGCCUAGAGCUGAGCAGUAGCAGCCAACAGGAGAGCGAGCAGAAGUCUAAAGCAUCUGUGAGUCAGAAGCGGCAGAAAGAAUCACAGACUGGCGGAGCCUCAAAGAAACACAAGCCAAACCGCAAGAGCCUCGGCGUGCCUCCCAAAAAGAAUAGGAAAACAGCCAACAGCAGUGACAGCGAGGACCAGUCUGUUGUUGAGGGCGCUGCCAAAUCAACUGCCUCUAAGAACAACACAUCAGACAUGAAGGCAGCCACUUCACCCAAGUGUCACGGACGAUCUCCCCCUUCGAGCCAUAAGUACCACAAACAGGGUGACUCUGACCACUCCCACUACCAAGAUAGCCACGGAAGAUCGCCUCGUGUAUACAAGUGGAGCUUCCAGAUGUCUGACCUGGAAAAGAUGAGCAGCCUGGAAAGGAUUUCGUUUCUUCAGGAGAAGCUCCAGGACAUCAGGAACCAUUACCUCUCCCUCAAGUCUGAGGUAGCGUCUAUUGACAGACGACGAAAACGCAUGAAGAAGAAGGAACGGGAAAGUGCUGUGGCCGCUUCCUCUUUAUCAUCAUCCUCCUCGCCGUCCUCCAGCUCACUGACGGCGGCAGUCAUGCUGACACUGGCUGACCCACCGGUGUCAACCUCUUCCUCCUCUUCGCAGAACUCUGGAGUAUCAGUGGAGUGCAGGUGACAGGACGCACCAGCGAGGAGCCACCGCACUAAGCACUUAACCAGCACCCUGGGGUCACUGCCCCCAUUCCCUUCCAAUAGGACAGACAAGUCAACCUACAUACUGUAACUACUGGGGCACAAAAAAAACAGACCAGAGACAAAAAGCAAGACCUAUUUUCUAUUGACAACUGUUUCCUUGGCAAGCUAAUGGCACUUAAGUGCACUUUUAUGAAGAUUAUGUAGGGGGUGAAAUUUGUUUAAAAAAAAAAAAAAACAAAUUUGUUUUUUGUGCUCUCCUUAAUUGAAUAUUUAUAAGAAUUGUUUUUGCAGCAAUAACUGUUUCCAUUGUUUGAUAAUGUUGUAUUGGUAAGGGAUAAUGUCCAGUGAAGACCCCUACCCCUCUGUGCUCUGUCCUCAUAGCUCAGCAUGGUACAGCCUGUGCCAUGUUAUUAUUUUGGGGAAUUCAGAGGAGCACUGCUACAUUGGCACCAACGGGCAUAUGAAAUAUAACUGCCACGUUUCCUCUGUCUGCCUUCAUUAAAAAGGCCUUCGUGUGGCUAAACCUCAAGUGGUUGAUGGGGCUCUUCUCGCAUACAGGCUCGUGGUCCUGUACAGUUUUGCAGUGAGUCAUACAGGUGGUGAUGGAUAGAGUUUCAGACCAUCACAGGUCCACUGACAGCCUCAGUGGAUAAAUAUGGAAUGAUACUGUAGUGCCUUUUUGUUCUUUUUCAUGGGGGCACUUUGAGAAAGGACAGCACUUUCUUUUCCUGAUCCUCUUCUCAAGUCCGAGGGUUAGCUGGAAUAAUGUGUCCCUUCCUAAAGACUGAAGAAUGCUGUAUAAGUGAGCAGGCAGUGAAGGGCUGAGUCUGACAAGUAAAGGUUUUUAUCAGCAUACAACUAAUAUUUAAGAAGUAUAUUUGUAAAAGCAGAACUCCUAUACUGGAUCACCUGUAAUCUACUACUGAAAACGUAUUCAGCGUGGGUGUAACUGUUAAGUUUGGCAGUAUAAAAUGACGUGCAAUGAUGGAGGUGGUUAGUGCAACAUUCACAUUACUUCAGUUCAUCAGUGCCCAUCUGUUUUGUUUUAUUACCCAGUCUCAUCAUCUACAACUGGAUUAAGUUAAUUUAGCCAUAAGAGGUAUUUACAACAGUGUACACAGGAAUGAAGCUGAAUGCCACAUUUGCAGUGUUUCAAACAAUAUGAAGUUUAAGUAUAUUUCUGCUUCAUUAAAUAAAAGCAAACCAUCUCUUUAUAUGUUUACUCAUGAUCAAUAUUGACAUGCCAGCUUCCUUACUCAUCCCUACCAAAAAUGUCCAUUUCUGUUUCCUGUACUCUGACCAGAUUAAAGGUAAAGAUAUUGUAAAUGUGCAUUUAUAUCAUAAAGUGGUGUAUGUGUAUACAUUUCUGAAGACAUCUCCAGUGUUUCCUUUGUAUAGACCCCUGCUGUAUGAUAACAUGAAGUUAUGUUUUGUUUGGCACUUGUAUGUAAUUGUAUGCUUUUGUUAUACAUUUGUAUAUUGAGAAGUGUUUUGAGUCAAGCUAUUUAAUAUCUUGCACUGUUAAUAACAUGUACUUUUCUGUACAGACAGUUUUACAGUUUUAACUGUAGUUUGAGUGUAAAUAUUGAGGGUUACAGCAUGUUUGUUCUCUCCUUUUGUCCUUGCUCUCUUGUAGGAGCAAAUAUGAGUUUGUGUUCUGUUCUGCUUCUUUCAUCCGUUUCAACUGUUAUUUUUUUCUUUCUCCCACUUUUUUAAAUGUUAUGUUUUGCUUUAGUUUUUAUUCUGUUUAGUUUUUCUGUAGCUUGUGCUUGUAAGAGGAGAAUGGUGGUUUUGGAUGCGGCUGAACUUUUUGACCAGUACUUGGCCUGAAGCUAAAGCUGUAUGAACCUGUAUGUGGUCUUGAUCAUAGAUUAAGAGAAAGUAAUGGAGCUUAUUGAAAAUGCUCAAUAGUAUUUAUUAGGCUCAUCUGAUGAUGGUCAUUGUGUAAUUUAUUGUAAAAAUGUAAGCAAAGCAGAAGCCUCUGUUUGAAAUAAAUGCCAUAGU